CGCUCACGCUGAUUGGCUAGAGCAGAAAAUACGCGCCACACGUCGGAUUCGAAGUAAACAGUGGCGCACAACUGCCAAGUUCUUGAAUUAUCUGUUCAUAACAACUUUUUUGUAUUUUGAAUAAUGUACCUUAUGACAUGGGAUAACAAAUAACAGCGCUUAAUUUUCUUUACGAUCAGUUUCUUGCGUUAGAAUGACCGCUGGCGUCAUGUGGCCGGUUCCGUGACGCGUUAUUAAAAAUUGUGCUGGAGCCGGUUGGAUAACGUUAACGUUACUUUUUGUAAACUUUGUUUAAAAGGAAUAUUGUUGACAAGCAAAAUAUAAUGGAUUGUGUUGCAACCGGAGGAAACGUGAAAGACUGAUCCACACUUGUAGUUUUAGCAAAAGCCAUACAUUCCCUGUCAAGAAUCGGAGAGGAGCUGUAUUUGGAGCCUGUGGAGGAUGGGUUGGCCCUGCGGUCAGUCAACUCUUCCCGGUCAGCCUUCGCCUGCUUCCUGCUGUCUCCUCUCUUCUUCCAGAAAUUUCAGGCUCCAUCAGACCAAAGCUUUCGCUGCAAAAUGCCCAUCAAGAGUGUUCAGGCUGUCUUCAAGUCCCUGGCGUCUCUGGAUCGCUCUGUAGAAAAAUGCCGUAUUCAGUUGAACAGUGAAAAGAGUCGGUUGACCAUAACUUUGCACUGUAAACACGGGCUCUUGAAAACACACAAUUUGUCCUUUCAGGACUGUGAGAGUUUGCAGGCCGUGUUUGAUAAGGAGAGUUGUGCAAAUGUGCUACAGGCUCAACCCAGGUUGAUGGUGGACACAGUUUUGCAUUUCCCUCCAUCUCUGGAGGAGGUCAAUCUGUCUGUGAGCAGUGAUCGCGUGUGGCUCAGGAACCACGUGGAGGAUGAUUCAGACUCGUCAAGAGCAAUGAUGACUGAAUUGUGUUUGAGCGCGGAGGAGUUUGAUCAUUUUGCCAUCAGCACUCAGACCAGCGUCACCUUCUGCCUCAAAGAGCUCAGGGGUUUGCUUGUAUUUGCUGAGUCAUCUGGUCUUCCAAUCUCAAUGUAUUUUGAUGAGCCAGGCAGUCCAGUUAUCCUGAGUGUCACAGACAGUGUUCUGGAGGGUAAUUUUGUCCUCGCUACACUCUCAGAGGACUCGAAUCCAAAGAACCACGUCAACUCCAACACAAAACGUCCUGAUGCAGAACAACCACCAGACGACUUCAUGAGCGACGACAUGGACUCAUUUCUCAUUGCAAUGGAGACCAGCGAACUCCCUGGACCGUCACAUGUACCCACAUCCCCACCACCACCCAGCAAUAACAGAAAGCACUCAUUCAGUGAAGAGGAGCCAGAGGAGGAAGCACUUGCAGAAGGACCUCCCAACAAAAAGUUUUGUUCAUUAUUCUUCGGUUCAGUUCUGCCUACUCCCUCUCAGUUGCCCAAUCAGACGAUGCAGAGCCAGGAAGUGCUCGCAAGUGACAGUGAAGAUGAAAAUCAGACAGAAACGUCAUAACCGCCCAUCGAUUGA